AUGUCCAUUUUGAAAUCGCGAGGGGAAGGAAUGCUGAGCUUGUGGUCCUUAGCCCUGGGUGGGCUGGUCAUCCUCCUCUUCAAGAUCUUGCAGUCGCUCCUUUUCAGAAAGAAGAGGCCGAUAUUCUCGUUGGCCGACGUCCGACCCCCGGCCCCUCACGUGGCCAACCAGAAACUCAGGGACAAGGUCCUCAAGCAAGGUUUCUCUUCGGAUAAAAUACCCCAUGACCUCGAUGCGAUCGUGAUCGGGAGUGGGAUCGGAGGAUUAUCCGCAGCCGCUCUCCUCGCCAAGGCCGGAAAGAGAGUUCUAGUCCUCGAACAGCAUGACCAGGCUGGGGGAUCCUGCCAUACUUUCAUCGAAAAGGGCUACGAGUUUGAUGUCGGAAUCCACUAUGUCGGGGGUUUUGAGAAAACAGAACGCAAUCGCAUUCUGUUUGACCAGCUCACUGAUGGUCAACUGGAAUUUGUUCACACAGGUACAGCUCUGCGAUGGCAAAUAUUGUGGUUGAGUUCCUUAAAAUAUCACAUAGAGGCCAAAACAGGGAAGGCAGCAUUGGGAGUGGUGAAGUUCUUUCCUCUCUGGUUGGCCAAGAUUGUCAUCAAGUUGGGCUUCAUCGACUGGUUCAUCCCUUACAGCAAAUGGGCUUCAAGAUCCAUUCAAAGUGUCCUUGAGGAACACACAGACAACAAGGACCUAAGGGCUGCCUUUACCUACAUAUUUGGCGACUUUGGAGUUCUACCCAGUGAAGCUGGCUUCAACCUUCUGGCCUUCCUUCAUGAACACUUUUAUGGAGGGUCCUACUAUCCGCGAGGAGGAGCAUCGGAGAUAGCGUUCCACAUCAUCCCCGUGAUAGAGAAAUCGGGAGGGAAAGUACUCGUGCGUGCCAAUGUGAAAGAGAUCCUCCUUGACGAAUCAGGUACUAGAGCCAUUGGUGUGGUCGUCGAGAAAGGCUCUGGUUCCUUCAACCUCACUGCCCCGAUGGUUAUCUCCAGCACAAGUAGGUUCACAUGCAUUAACUCCUCUUUUGUGCUUGGUGAUGAUAACAUUAGCUUUGUACAAUAUCGCCUGCUGCUUAGGGCUGGUUCUUCGUUGGUAAGAAGUUUGUUCCCCAAGAAGUGUGGUGUGAAUGUGACUCUUACGAAGCUUCUGCCGGAAAAAGUUGGAAAGCGUGCCAUCCAGUUCCCAGUCUUGUCUCAAGUGAAACGGAGCCUUACCUGCUUGCAAGUCUUCCUUGGCCUCAAUGCAUCCAAUGAGGAGCUCAAACUGACUGCCCAGAACUAUUGGUGCUUCAUGGACAACAACCUCGAGGAGGCAAGUGUACAGGUCUUGGUUUCUGGAGCUGACAGACGAGAACGAGAUCUUUACCUGGCAUACAAUCGGAAGACCGUCGAGGAGGCACUGGACGCUGAUAUCCCUCUCAUGUUCGUCUCCUUCCCCUCCGCCAAGGACCCGACCCACGACCAGAGAUAUCCAGGUUACCAAGUCUGCAAUCCCAUGCAAUUUCUAGGGAAGGCAACAUGCACCCUUAUCACUUACCUGGAAUAUGAAUGGUUUCGUUCAUGGGAAAAAGAGAACUUGAAUCAUCGCGGUGACCGUUACGAGGAGAUCAAGAAGACCAUCGGCCACCGGCUCAUCGACCAAGCAUGCAAGCUCUUCCCACAGAUUCAGGACAAGAUUGACCUCGUCGUGAUUGGCUCUCCAUUGAGUCACAAUUAUUACCUUGGAAACACCGUGGGAGACAUUUACGGCCUCCAUCACGACAUGGAACGAUUCAAACUGGAGACUCAAGCCCUUCUCCGUCCUGAGACCGGCAUCCCAGAAUAUUAG